AUGGAAACUAUAAAAUCCGAUGUGAAGCACUGCGUGACCAUUGCAAGUGGUGACAUUGAUCGUGCCACGCAGAUUCUGCUGCAUCGCCAGGAAACUGGACAGUGUCUCUCUGGAAAUGGCACAAACAUCCAGGCUCCCAAGAGUCAUGCUAUUGACGAUGCUGAGCUCAAGAGUCGCAUCAUUGCGCGAUAUUCGUAUGUGGACAAGAACUCGGAGAAUCGCGAGUAUAAGCCAGUGGCUCCCAAGGUGGAACCAAAGAAGAUGGUUCGCUAUCGGGACAACAAGAUUGUUUCGCUCAAGGGGGAGCGAUACACUGAGGUAUGUGGUGAUGAUGAGGCUGAGUUGAAAAAACCAAAGAAACCAAUUUGUCCGUAACUAAGAUUGUUCACGUAUAAAAAACAGAAGCGUAAAUUGUCCAGUGUGCUUAUAACCUCACAAUUUCACAAUCCCAAUAGCCACUCUGUCCUUCCUAUGUUUCUGUUUUUUAUAUUGAACCACUUUCAGUCGAAAUCACACAUGAAAAUUGACAGUUUGUGCAAAAAUUUGCAAUUUUCGCUGUGGUCAGGUGCAUGGACUUAUGAUAUGUCGAGUCCACCAUCAGUGCUGUACUUACUGCUAACCCUAAGUUUAUUAUCCACCUAUUUGGCUAAGAUGAUACCCAGAAAUGGUGCCCGAAAUGAGCAUAAAGAGGCACCUAGAUGGUGUCUAGAUAAGUUAUUGAUGCAAUUACCAUUUCUGCAUGAAUGUCUCAUGAAUGAAUAUUUUAAUAAUUAUUACUUUAGUGUGUUCUGCCGAAGAACGUCAACAGUUACAAUUAUGCAUAUUGUAUUAGUUAUUUCAAUUAAUUAUUUAUUAGUUAAUGCAAAUCUAGCAUCUAUGUAUUCCAAUUGGACAUUUUUGUGAUAUUAGGACUAUACUGUGACAAGAACAAAAAGAACAAAACUUGUGGGAAUCUCAAAAGGGGGCGCGCUCAUUCGUCUCAGAGGCGAAACGUUCACAUAUUUUUUGUUUGACAACCCCCCUUGCAUUUUAUGAUAAUAAAAAAAAACACCAAAUAUCUAGUCAUUCAUUUAACUCAAAUGUCUCCCUACUAAAAAAGGUCCAAGACGCGGGAUGUUCAAGAACUAUUGCGAGAAAAUUUUAUCUAAAUUUCCUUUUAAUGCCAUUAUUGCUUAACUUUGAGUUUGACUGUCAAAUUAGAAGAACUGAUUUUAUUUAAUGUUGCCAGAGUUCUAAAUUUAAAUAAAAACUAAAGGGAUUUGUUACAAAGCCACAUGCUUUUUUCAAACUUUUAGUUUGCAGCGAGGUAAUAACAUUUUUUCCUGUUUAAGCUCUGUCCAAAAGUAAUUUUAAGCCACGCCCUCUCAUAGGCUUUAUACUGAUUUUUAAUAUAUGCAAACGUUAGUUUGAAGUUAGUUAUGAAGUUCAUUUGGUAUGUGGUUUAUGAAGCAGUUGAGCUUGGACAGAUGUUUUGAAGUUUUCCGGCUUAUGUUCCCAUUUUUUUUUUAAUUCCGAAGUUCUUUUAUUUUGGUACAAAUCAGGGAAUAUUGUCUGUCAUGGGGUGCUGUGACUUGGUUCAAAUUGCAACCAAAAUCAUGAUACUGACAGUCGUCACUGAAUAUAUAAUUGAUACAUAAAUUCUUCAGAUCGGAUCAAAGGUUCACCAUUUUCAACAUUAAACAUGAUGAUUUUGGUGGUGCUGGUGUUCUAGUGUUUCCCUAAGUUUUUUUUCUUUUGCGAUCCUUUUGAUGACUUCUCGAUUUGAUUUUUUUUAAAUAGAAUAGUUGGACCUUCGGAUUUGUUUUCCCAUGUUCACUGCGAAAUGAAUAUAGGGGGAGGCUUUCAGGCUUCACAUAUUUCAUACUAUUCCCGUGUUCCUUUAAUGAAUCUGACCUAUCACAUAUUUCUAGAAAAAUUAGGUUGGAUUUAUUAAAUGAAUAUGAGAGAAAUAUGAAAUGUUCGAAGUGAGAGAAUGUGCGAAACCUGAAAGCAUACCCCUGUACAUACGAUCCUACACUGAGCCGUACGUCUUCAGGCAUUUACUCAUGCGAAGCUAUCUUCUACGCAGUGUUAUGGUCUCUACACAAGAAACUUACGUCACAAUUUAGUAUUUUGAAGUAAAUCGCCUUCAAUUGAUUUUGAAGAUAUACCGGCGAUUUUCUUCAAAAUACUAAAUUUUGACGUAAAUUUUUACAACUAUAGAGGCCCUUAUGCUGCUCUUUACUGUGUGCAAUUCGCAAUUCAUGUGGUAUCGUCGUCCUUUUUUUGCGUAAUACUGUCUAACUUUUGCACCUCUUCUAAUAACAAUUUGCCAGUCACAUUGAUUCUGCAAUUUUGACGAAAACAUAUUCAGAAAACCCUCAUGAAUCAUAUUAAUAAACCGUUCUCUAACUUUUUUACGUAGAAACUUAAUUAAGAAAACUUUGAUUCUUGUCUCUGUUCCCUGAGUGAGCAAAGGGCUAAGUCCUUCCAAAUCUUAUGCUUCUCGGAGGAAGUACUCCCUUGAUGGUGCAUCACUCAUUUUUCUGCACGCGUUCUAUCACUUUAAGUCAGAGACAGCUUCAUUGAAAGCUUACCUAGCGCUCUCUUUCUCUCUCGAAACACCAACGUCGUGAGAACAAAUACUCAUGCCGAAUAUUUAUCCCCAAAACGGGGAUUUGUCCCAAAUUUUAUAUUGUGCUGGCGAGUUCAUUGGAGAGCUGACUGGUGCUGAUGUAAAGCAGUGUAGCUAAGAGACUGAUCUUCUCUUCUCGGCAGACUGUCUCACCAGAUCCUGCUGAUGUGAAUCCUUCCAUCUAGCUUCUUUCCACUGUCAGUGCCCUCAUCACCUCAGCAAAAGUAAUAAUGAAAGAUUGAUUUCAAACCACAGAAUUUAAUAAUAAUAAUAAUGCUGGCACAAUAUUCCAUGAGGGAACUAGGCCUUCCCGCAAGGGGAUUUCUAGACAUACAUUAUUAUUUUUUUCUGAUACGGGAUGAGGUUGUCAGUCCCAUGCCCGUGGAAUCAAGUGCAGUGAAGCUCACUGGAUACAAUCCGAACACCUUUAACGCCAGAAAAAUUCCUGGUAACCUAAAGGGGAUUCGAACCCGGGACACUUGCAUCAUAUAGCGAGUACUCUACCACUUGACUCAUUGAGUGCCCCCACAGAAUUUAAACAUGCCCAAAAUCUGCUGAAAUGAACCUCUCCCUGAUGAUGCACGUGACGGAAAACUGACUUUUUGUCCUUGCAGGCUUGAUAAUAGAGUCUCUUCAAAUACUCUGUCACAUUUUCCUCUUUAUGGCCUCUGCAACUAGAGACAUUUAUGUCCAUAUUGAAGCAAAUUCCCUACGUUGAUGUAGGAAAAACUCUUCAAUAUGGACAUAAAUUUCUCUAGUGUGUAGAGACCAUAAGCUUUCCGUGCAUAUUGAAGUAGAAAUAUUUAAAUCUUCUCCACUAAAAUAAACACAAAACCACUGUCCAAUUUUUUCAAAGUUGCUUUCAAAUGGUAUCUACUAUCUAUACCUUCGUUGUUCCUGGCUCUCGCAUUGUUUGGUAUAUGUUGCAAGGAAGGAAGACUCAUAUCAAAGAAUGAGAAUUCUUUUUGAACAAUAUCAGUAGGGAAGUUUUGCAGCCUUGGAUGAUGAAAGUAUUGCAAAACUCGGGUUUUUCUUUAAUAAAUCUAACCAAUGACAAGUCAAAUUAAUUAGGGAAAAAUCAAGUGGUAUGAUGCUUCCAUCGCUCGAAGCUUUAAAAUCUUCUCCUGAAUUUGUGAACGUACAUCAUCCAUCCCAUGUAUAUGAUUUGGCGUGGCUUUUUUAUACAGAUUUUUUCAUCCUUAUUCAGAACUUAAUACCAGAAAUUGUGGUAACUUGAAGUAUAGUGUAGAAAAUGAUUUUAAAAAAGUAAUUUCAAUGAAGUAUACAUAUUUGAGUGGAGCGUGAUUAAAAAUUAUGUAUCAGCGGAGUUUUUGAGUUAUGAUGUCUGUGAAAGCUUUUUAAACAUAAUUGAGUUAUGGCUUUAAAUGGCAUUUUAUAGCUGAUAAAAUUAAUUCAAAUUGGUCCUUGAACAUCUUUCUAUCCCGAAAUCUCUUUAUUAUACCAGUACAAAAAUUAUUUUAACUGUAUUCUAAUUAAUUUUUCAUCAAUCUUCCCGUAAAUAAAUGUGCCAAUCAUUUUAUUUUUGUAUUCAUGUUUAUUAGAGAGAAAGAAAAGAAGAAAAAAAACUUAUUUUAUGUGUUCCAUCAUAAUUAGUGUUGAUUCCUUAAGCGAAACAAAAAUAACCAUGACUUGAUACAGGAAUAAAAAGGAAGAUAAAAUUGAUAAAAGAAAUACCAUUGAGAAAACAGUAUGGCCCUAAUAUUACCAUUUGUAAUUUUAGUUCCUUUAUUAUUAGUAAUUUCCUUUUUAUCCCCAAUUUUCUCAACAGAGAAAGACAGAGUAGGAUUAACAAGUGCACAUGAAUUUAUUUGCGUGUAGAGAAAAAGAAACCAUUAAUUAAAGAGGUUUUAAUCAAGAAAAAAAAAUUACAGUAAAAAUAAUCGUAUUUCUUAAAUGUGUGUUUAAACAAAAAAAAAGAAGAAGAAAAUCAAGAAAAAGAAACACUUUCUUUGAGUAUUGAAUGUAUUAAGUGACAUGAUGUAGGAAAUAUUAUGUGAAAAAAUGACGAUGGAAAUAUUGAUGAUAAUCUUUCUUGGAAAUACAAUUCAGUGAAACUGAGA